GCGGGGGGUGUUGGCAGCAGAAGAGGCGAAUUCGUUUGCGCUGAGCGGCAGCUCUUUGGCGCUGCUCAGCAGCAGAAUUGCAAGAGAGUUUUGCUUUUGGGGCCCCACACUAGCAGUGGAUGCUGCAUGCGCUUCGGGGCUUGCUGCGCUGCACCUGGCGCGGCAGCACCUGCUGCACUGCAGCAGCAGCAGCAGCAGCAGCAGCAGCAGCGGGGGCCGCGGGGGGAGGUGGGCGGUUGUGGGGUCCAGCAACUUGGUGCUGGAUGCAGCAGCAGCAAAAGCCUUUGCUGCUGCUGGUCUUUUGUCUCCUUCGGGCCGCUGCCGCUCCUUUGAUGCAGCAGCAGAUGGCUGCGUCCGGGGAGAAGGCAUUGUCGUGCUGCUGCUGGAAGCCUUCAGCAGCAGCAGCAGCAGCAGCAGCAGCAGGGAGAGCCGCGCGCUGUGCUUCUUGAGAGGCACCACGCUGCAGCAAUCCGCGCGGGCAAAAAGCCUCACAGCUCCCAGCUGCUGCUCGCAGCAGCAGCAGCUGCAGCAGACUUUGGCGGUUUCAGGUGUACAGACACCUGACGUGUGUCUCCUCGAGGCGCAUGCAACAGGAACUCCUCUCGGCGAUGCUGUCGAAGCAGCAGCAAUUGCUGCGGUCUUUGCUGCGCAGCCGCUGCAGCAGUGCCCCAACUGCCACAGGCUGCAGCAGCAGCAGCAGCAGCAGCAGCAGCGGCGGGGGGGGGGGGGGGGGGGGGGAGCAGCUCGAGCAACGGCAGCAGCAGCUGCAGCAGCAAGCUCGAAGCGGGACGACGACUGGGAAGACAUGGUGCCAGCAGCAGCGCAGCAGUGGGGCGGCAGCAGACUCAUUUUGCCCUCGAAGCCUUACCCGCUGGACCCCAGAGAGUGGGGAGAAUCUCUCAAGGGCUCAGCAGUGAGCGUUGCUGCUCUUCCGCUGCAUAGCACGGAAGAAGAUCUGCUGCCGAUCCUGCAGCAGCAGCAGCAGCAGCACAAGCACCACGAGCAGCAUGAUCGGCGCCAUCCCCGACAGCGCCUGCAGCAGCAGCAAAAGCAGCUGCUGCAGCAGCAGCAGCAGCAAGAAAGAGGCUGGGGCUGCAUUGUUCUGGGCGCGUUUGCCGACUGGGCGUUUUCAAGUGCCGCAGCUCAGCAGCAGCAGCAGCAGCAGCAGCAGCAGCAGCCACGUUCGCUGCACUGGCUUCUCCAGGGCUACCAUCUGCUUCUGCUGCUUUUGCAGAGUCUAGAGACGCUGGGUGAGCAGCAGCAGCACCUUCCUCCUGUGCUGCUGCUGCUGCAGCUGCCCAGCGAAAAGGCGGGAAGCAGCCUCACAGACAGCAGCAGCAGCAACAGCAGCAGCAGCAGCAAGUGCAGCACGUGCUGCUGCGGGGAAGCAUCUCUGGCUGCUGAGGGGCUUCUGCAGCUGCUGGUGGAGACAGCAGCCAGCCUCUGCAGCAGCAGCAGACGACGCCUGCGCAUUUCUGUAGCUGUUUAUGAGCAGCAGCAGCAGUUGCUGCAGCAGCAGCAGCAGCCAGCAGCAGAGUUGCUGCAAGACCUCUUUGCGGCAGCAGCAGCAGCUGGAUGGCCGCAGUGCUUCCGCGUCAUGAGCUCCGCAACAAGUAUGGCUACAUCAGCAGCAGCAGCAGGAGCAGCAGCAGGAGCAGCAGCAGCAGUAAACGGUCAUGUUGAAGUGCAGCAGCAAAGUUCCGCGCUGCCGCUGCCGCCCAGGGCCCCCUCGCUGCAGCACAGGCGCGAGGGUUGGGCCCACUUGUUUGUGCUGCGGGACGCUUCUCAGGCGCUGCUGCAGCAGCUGCAGCAGCAGCUGCAGCAGCAGCAGCGGCAGCAGCAGGAGCAGCGGCAGCAGGAGCGGCAGCUGCAGCAAAGCUAUAAAUUCAAUGCAUGCAAAAUCCUCAAGACCCUUUCCGGGGGGCCCCCCUUGGGGGCCCCCCUAAUUUGCGUCCGCGUUUUAGCUGCUGCUCUAGGCGAGCAGGAAGCUGUGCAGCUCAUGCAGCAGCCUACUGGGGUCACGCAUUCUCUGGGGCUUCGCUUCGCAGGCGUCGUGUGCCACCCUCCCUCUUUCCUGGAGCCGGCUCUGCAGCAGCAGAAGCAGCAACAGCAGCAGCAGCAGCAACAGCAGCAGCAGCAGCAGUUCAGGGUUGGAACUGCAGUUUGCGGCGUGGCUGUGGGGUGUAUAGGCAGCUAUGCACUUUGCCCCCCCACAAUUUUGGCUCCCAUUUAUUCCAGUUUUUCUUUUGAAGCUGCAUGCAGUUUGCAGCUAAGUUUGGUGCUGCUGCAGCAGCUGCUGCAGCAGCUGGAAGCAGCAGGAAUUGAGGUGACUCCGCAGCUGCGGCUGUACAUCGACGGCGCAGCAGCAGGAGCGGGGCUGCUGCUGCUGCAGCACUGUGUCGCGAAGGGCGCAGCAGUUGCUGCUGCCUGCAGGUCGGUGCAGCAGCAGCAGCUGCUGCAGCAGCUAGGAGUCCAGGAACUCCUCAUGCUUCAGCCAGCAGCCAAUCAGCAGCAGCAGCAGCAGCAGCAGGUGCUGCAGGACGAG